AGCUGUUUUGGUUUUUGGCAAGAUUUGCUUGCCGACGUUGCCUGGAGCGUACGCUCUGACAGCAGAUCCUACGCCAUGUUUUGGGUCAUAUCGCUCCUGUGCAUGGGAGCAUUUGCCAGGACAUGCUUCCCCAAUGCGAUUCCUCAUCUCGACCGUGUCAAUAUCACCUUUGAUGACAUUAUGAUGCCAAUAGGCAUUUGGCAAAAUGCGUGGGAUUCAUCAGGGAUCGUGUCCCAGAUCUACAAGAUCAUUGCUUCAGAAAAACUAGGCUUCUUCGUUAACGAAGAAAUUGGGCCAGCCAGCGAGUUGAUCCUCGGGAAGCUUGCCGGUUGCUCUCACCAGGGUUUUGCCAUCACAGGUGACUGCGGAGCUCCUCGCCGAUUUCACGUGUCCUUCGAAAAUUGGCUGACCGGCUCACCAUGGACUCAGCAGUGGCUUGAGGAUUUGAUUCCUUAUGGCGUUCCCAUGGAUUUGGGCAGCAUGGGAUACGAGGGGAAAUCUGGGAUGUUCGUCCUUAGCGGAUCCUUGAAUGCAGCAUUGGCUGACAGUGGAUUGGCCUUGAGUUUCUACCGCUCCUACAACGCAUCUUGGUUCGAUCCAUCGAAGUACACUGAACCCGUGGACAAUGUCGACCUGAACCGCUUGAAGAAAUGUGCUGACAGUGCCGAGAUUGGAUAUCCGGGCAUUGCUGAGCUUUAUUUACGCAUCACAGGAGAUACUGGAGGCAUUGUGGAUGUGAAUGGCGCAAAGGUAUUGAACUGCUGGCAGGAAAAGUGGUGGAUUGCGCCGGCAUGUCGUUAUAAUCGAUCAAAAUGUGCUCCUGUUCUUAUGCCUUGGACAGCUUGGGGCCUUCCAGAAAUGAUGCAGCAAGCAUUUUGGCACGACAUGCCUCUCGCAUUUGCCACCGCGAGCGACGCGGACUUCAUCAGCCUGAACAGAGAAUUGCAAAGUUUGUUGUAUACAUACAUCCCCGACAGCACCUUCUUUGUAGACAAGCCGUCGCAGAUCAUUUUUCCUGACCACAGCCCGUCUCAGUAUGCCAUGGGCAUCUAUAAGACUAUGAAGACAGACACAGUUUUGUCAAAAUGGGCUGCUGAUGGAUUUGAUGCCGCUGCCGACAGAGCCUUUGCCGUGGCAAAGAAUCUGCAGAUGGGGUUCGAAGAUAUGAUGCAAUUGCUCUCGAAUCAUGUCCAGAGCAACACUCCAGAUCUUUGGCAGACAGCCUGCGACUGGUUAUUGCAGCACGAGGAGCUUUGGGUAGCUUGGAUACCCAAUGAGACGGAUUGCUCUCUUGGAAAAGGCUUGGUGGACGCCGAUGGCAACUUUGUGCAACAGCGAGCAUUGGCCGUGAGCUGUCACUUUUGUCCCGUUGGCACCAAAUCUGCUGAAGCCGGAACGACACGAGUUUGCGAAGCCUGUGGUCCUGGCACCAGUCAGAUGCUCCCAGGCGAAUCGGAGUGCCUACCUUGUGAAACUGGUCGGGUGUCUCGUACUGAAGGUGCAAGGGAGUGCACACUUUGUACCUUGGGAAAGUAUGCCAACAAUAGCGGAAUGAGUGAAUGCGUGCAAUGUGGCCCUGCUGAUCAAGUUGAACUUUGGACAACCAGCAAGCCUGUGCUGUCUCAGGCCCAGGAGUCAUGGAUUCAAGUGGAGAGAGCGACCUCCGACUCAUUUUGUACUUGUAUUGAGGGCUACUUUCUUUUUGAAGGGCGAUGUGAAUCAUGCAUGCGGGGGUCCAACUGUCCUGGGUCCAAUCAAUUGCACUUGCUCCCUGGCUUUUUCUCCAGCAAGGAGGAGCCUGGUAUGAUAUUUCAAUGCUUUGGCGAGCCGGAAAGAUGCCCAGGAGGUGAUCCUGGAACCUGUGCUGCUGGUAGAGACGUGGACAGCAUUGCCUGUAGCACCUGCCUGGAUGGCCUGCACGCGGAUGGAGGUGUGUGCGUUCCAUGUGAGACAGGAGACUAUUUCUUGAUCAUCGUGGUGACUUUGCUUGUUUGUGCUGGCAUUGUGGUCCUCUAUGUGGUAUCACUGCGGAAAGGGCAGAAGAGCGCACAACCUGGUAGCCUGUUAAUUGCAGCACUUGGUCUUGGUCAAAUGAUCACAGUUGUCCAGCAACUGACUGUGAUUCAGCAGUUCAAGAUCCAGUGGGGUGAACCUUUCUCCAGCAUGUUGGUAUCCUUCGACAUUUUCGCAUUUGAUCUUGAUCUGAUUUCCCUUGGCUGUGUGGCGCCAAUGGCACCGGUUGCCAAAUUUACCAUGAGAACGUUGCUGGUUCUGGUGUUCUUCGCUGUGGCAUGUUUGGUCCACUUCUUUUUCAUUGCGAUGUUUCAGAAGGGGAAGGGCUUGCAGCUCAGUGUCCUUGGUGGCACAGUCGGUACAUUGUUCAUGAUCUUCUUCAUCUCAGUUUGCUCCUCUUUGCUGGCACCAUUCAGAUGCUAUGCCCAUCCGAAUGGUCGAUCAACAGUUCAAGCCUAUCAUUCAGUGCUUUGUGACAUGAACAAUGAGCAUUUGCAGAUGAGCUUGGUUGGAGGUCUUUGCUGUCUUCUCCCGAUUGCUUUCUUGACUGUGUGCUCAUACAUUACCCUGGUCAAGCUGCCUUCUUGGAUUGCUGACGGAGAGGUGAAGCUGAUCCGAUCUUGCUCCUUCCUCUUCAUGCGCUUCCGCCCGGGUGCAGAGGUCUAUUCGGUCUUGUUCUCAGUGCGGAACGCCUUGGUGGUUCUUUGUCCACUUCUGCCGUCAGCUUCGGGACGAAUUCUUUGUAUGAACCUGGUGCUUUAUGGCAGCUUGGUGAUGGUGGCGUAUGGAAAACCUUGGCGGGCAACGCUUUGCAACACCUUGGACUUGUUCUUGCUCGCUGGCAUGCUUGUGAUCCUGGACAUGGGCUCCCUGUUUGUUUUAAACAUUGAUGGCCCGUCCACGGCUGCGAUUUGCAUCGUUUUCUCCACGGUGAUGUUCAUUUCAAUUGUCGCAGCAGUUUUCUACGGCAUUGCAAAGCAUGUGAUGCUCAAGUAUCACAAGCCAUUUCGCUAUUUUGUGUGCCAUCAGAAGAAUGCAGCAGGUAGCUAUGCUCGCCUUCUGAAGAUUGAGCUGCAGAAGCGGGGUCCUCGCUUCAGCACGUUCAUCGACUGUGACGACCUGAAUGAUCUGACGAAGUUGUUUAGCUAUGUUGGUCAGGAUACACAGACUCUCUUAAUUCUUGGAUCUCCACAGAUUUUGACACGGAAGUGGUGCGUGGGCGAGAUGGUGACUGGCAGGAUUGAGAAUGUGCACACAGUCUUGUUGACCUUCCCAGGCUUUGUGAUGCCUGAUGAGAGUUUUAUUGAGACUUACACCACUCUUGUGCCUGAUAUCACCGAGCUUGCCAACUACAACAUUGGUCUUGACGAAGUCAAGGAAACCUUGAGAUGGAUCAACACCGUUUCCACUGUAGACGUGCCUGCUCUCAUUCACCCGGAGACCAUCACUGAUGUGGUGAAUGCCUUGACAGACACUCGAAGGGCAGCAUCAACCAAUGUGGAUGCCCACCAGGAGUCUGGGUGUCUCAUCCUUGUGGAUCUUGACAAUAUGGAAGCUUCAGCGUCGGCAUUUGUUUUGCUUGGCCUGAUCCAGAAGAAGGUGAUUGCUGGUGUUCAGGGUUCGGUUCCGCAUGUACUGAUGAAAGGCAACAAGGUUCCUCCUACCGUCCAGUCUGUGCUUUUGAUUUGCAGCGAUGGCUGCUUUUCCUCGCUCAACAUUGCGCGCUGGCUUCUAGAAGUGCUGCAAGUGGCGACUUGUUCUUUGCUGCCCAUAAUCGCGGAAGAUGGAUUUCGAUUCCCAUCGGAUUCCUUCUAUGACCAAUUGGUUGCCAAUCCUGAACUUCAAGACCUAGAUCUUGACACUUAUGUGAGAAUCAUCAAGGGAGUCUUCCAGGAGAUUGCUGUGGUUUUUUCACCACAAAACUACUCGUCCACAGCAGAGGAUUUAGAGCUUCGCGCUUCACAGGUGGCAUGGCGUUUGCAGAAUGGUUUGCAACCUUUGGCGACCAAAGUGCAGCAGGGAGAGCUUCAGGUGAAGAAGCCUCGUGCAGAAGAUCAAGAAGUUGACAUGGUUAGAGAAAUAUUUGAGAUGGUAGACCCAGGACCUGUAAUGGUGAUGCAAUUGUGAUCCUAUUGGUGUGUUUAGACCUUCUUAAACCGUCAC